AAUCACUUUGCAGUAUUUGGGUGCCGGGGCCUCGCCCACGUUGGCUUUGCGACUAAAAUGGCGUCGCUGUCUUUUGCGUGGAGAAGCCAACGUCACUGAAGAGGAGUCACGUGUCUUUGGUGGGGGAAAAUAACAGCUAAAAAAAAAGACAAAAGCUUGUGUUCGCCGUCAGCAGCAGCAGCAGCUUGUUUUGCUUGUUCUUUCUCUCUCUUCGCUCAGGCAAGAGGCUCCAAAGUGUUCACGACCUUUUUCGUCAAGUUUAACGUUAACUGUCGCCCGCAAGCCGCAAGAUGCCGUCCGACAGAGCCUUCAAGCAAAGGAGGACUUUCGCUGAACGCUGCAAAGAAGUCCAGCAGAUCCGAGAACAACAUCCCAACAAGAUCCCUGUGAUCAUGGAGCGUUACAAGGGUGAGAAACAACUUCCUGUUCUGGACAAGACCAAGUUCCUGGUCCCUGACCAUGUCAACAUGAGCGAGCUGGUCAAGAUCAUCAGGAGGAGACCGGAGUACCCGGAGAAAAGCCACGCAGGCACGGGGAGAACAUUUAAACUCCACACAGGCGAGGCUGGAUUUGAAUCCGGCUGGGUCCUCAGAAGUUUGAGGCAGAUGUGCUAACCAGUCGUCCACCGUGCCGCGUAAUAGACAUGUUGGUGAUGAAGAAGUGAUGGGUAAGUACGGCAUCCGGGAAAGGAACUUGGAGGGACAGAUGGUGGUCGACUUUGCAACAAGGAUGCAAAUGACUGCAGUGAACACUUUCAUCCAGGAGAGGCAGGAACAUAGGGUGACCUACAAGAGCAGAGGUCGAAGCACACGGGUGGAUUACAACUUGUGCAGACGAUGUCAUCUGAAGGAGGUUAGCGACUGUAAGGUGGUGGUAGGGGAGAGUGUGGCGAGACAGCGAAGAAGAUGACUGUGGUGGUGGGGAGGGAGAUUAGGAAGACAAAGGCAGAGCAGAGAAGCACGUGGCGGAAGCUGAGACAGGACGAGUGUUGUGCGGCUUUUCGGGAAGAGGUGAGACGGGCUCUCGGUGGACGGGAGGAGCUUCCAGAAGACUGGAUCACUCCAGCCAAGGUGAUCAGAGAGGCUGGCAGGAGAGUACUUGGUGUAUCUUCUGGCAGGAAAGGUGAGAAGGAGACUUGGUGGUGGAACCUCACAGUACAGGAAACCAUACAAGGAAAAAGGUUAGCUCAGAAGAAGUGGGACACGGAGAGCACCGAGGAGAGGCGGAAGGAAUACAUUGAGAUGCGACACAGGGCAAAGGCCAAACAAGAGGCAUAUGAGGACAUGUAUGGCGGGUUGGACACUAAAGAAGGAGAAAAGGAUCUAUGCAGGCUGGCCAGACAGAGGGAUAGAGAUGGAAAUAUGUUGACUGGUGCCAGCAGUGUGCUAGCUAGAUGGAAAGAAUACUUUGAGGAGUUGAUGAAUGAGCAAAAUAAAGAAUCGAAGAGGCGAGUGUGGUGGACCAGGAAGUGGCAAUGAUUAGUAAGGGGGAAGUUCGAAAGGCAUUAAAGAAGAUGAAAAAUGGAAAGGCAGUGGGUCCUGAUGACAUUCCUGUGGAGGUAUGGAAGCAUCUCGGAGAGUUUUUGACCAGCUUGUUCAAUAGAAUUGGAGCGCGUGAGAAGAUGCCUGAGGAAUGGAGGGAAAGUGUGCUGGUGCCCAUUUUUAAGAACAAAGGUGAUGUGCAGAGCUGCGGGAACUAUGGAGGAAUAAAGUGGAUGAGCCACAAUGAAGUUAUGGGAAAGAGUCGUGGAGGCUCGACUCAGGACAGAAGUGAGUAUUUGCGAGCAACGGUAUGGUUCCGUGCCUAGAAAGAGGACCACAGAUGCAUUUUUUGCCUUGAGGAUGUUGAUGGAAAAGUACAGAGAAGGUCAGAACAAGGAGAGGACGUUGGCCUAAGGCUCGCUUGAGGUACGUUCACAUACUUUGACUACGAUACGGCGCACAAGCAGGCAACAAAACGUUAUGUAGCCUAGCAAGCUAGUGGUACCCCGAACGGUUGGACGUAAACAUGCCGCCGUUCUGUCUAAUCGUGCUCUAAAGUUUCAGUGUGGGUGAAGUCAUUUAAUGCAAAAUAAAGUCAUUUAAGUACA